CCUGCUCCACCCCCUGCCUAGGGCAGCACAAAAGCAAAUCUCUAGCUAACUCCCUGCCUAGCAAGGCCCAGCCUGGGGCAGAAAUGGCUGCAAGUGGCCGAGGUCUCUGCAGGGCUGUGGCUGCCUCUCCCUUCCCAGCUUGGAGACGAGCUCACACAGAAGCCAGGGGAGGUCUGAAGCCUGAGUAUGAUGCGGUGGUGAUAGGAGCAGGACACAACGGACUCGUGGCUGCAGCGUACCUGCAGAGACUGGGGGUGAACACCGCAGUCUUCGAGAGGCGCCACGUGAUCGGGGGUGCAGCUGUCACUGAGGAGAUCGUCCCAGGGUUUAAGUUCUCCCGCGCGUCCUACCUGCUCAGCCUGCUGAGGCCGCAGAUUUACACUGAUCUGGAGCUGAAGAAACAUGGGCUGAGGCUUCAUCUUCGAAACCCCUACUCCUUCACCCCCAUGCUGGAAGACGGUGCGGGCAGCAAGGUGCCCAGGUCCCUUCUGCUGGGCACAGACAUGGCAGAAAACCAGAAGCAGAUUGCCCAGUUCUCUCGGAAGGAUGCCCAGGUCUUUCCCAGAUACGAGGAGUUCAUGCAUCGCUUGGCAUUAGCCAUUGACCCUCUGCUGGAUGCGGCCCCCGUGGACAUGGCGGCCUUCCAGCGUGGCUCUCUGCUGCAAAGGAUCAAGUCGCUGUCCACCCUCAAGCCCCUGCUGAAAGCAGGCCGCAUCCUGGGAGCCCAGCUUCCCCAAUAUUAUGAGGUCCUCACAGCUCCCAUUACCAAGGUGCUGGAUCAGUGGUUUGAGUCUGAGCCUCUAAAAGCCACUCUGGCCACAGAUGCUGUGAUUGGAGCCAUGACAAGUCCCCGCACUCCGGGGAGUGGGUAUGUGCUGCUGCAUCAUGUGAUGGGGGGCCUGGAGGGGAUGCAGGGGGCCUGGGGCUAUGUCCAGGGGGGCAUGGGUGCCCUCUCUGAUGCCAUCGCAAGCUCAGCCACCACCCAUGGAGCAAGCAUCUUCACUGAAAAGACAGUGGCGAAGGUGCAGGUGAACAGUGAAGGCUGUGUUCAAGGAGUUGUGCUGGAAGAUGGCACAGAAGUGAGAAGCAAGGUGGUGCUGUCCAACACAUCACCGCAGAUCACCUUCCUGAAGCUGACGCCACAGGAGUGGCUUCCUGAGGAGUUCCUGGAGAAAAUCUCUCAGCUGGACACCCGGUCGCCUGUCACCAAGAUCAAUGUGGCUGUAGACAGGCUGCCCAGCUUCCUGGCGGCCCCCAAUGCUCCCAGGGGUCACCCACUGCCCCAUCACCAGUGCUCCAUCCACCUGAACUGUGAAGACACCCUCCUCCUCCAUCAGGCCUUUGAAGACGCCAUGGAUGGCCUGCCUUCCCACAGGCCUAUGAUUGAGCUCUGCAUCCCUUCUGCGCUGGACCCCACCCUGGCUCCCUCCGGCUGCCACGUAGUCUCUCUCUUCACUCAGUACACGCCCUACACACUGGCUGGAGGCAAGGCCUGGGACGAGCAGGAGAGAGACGCUUACGCAGACAGAGUGUUUGAUUGCAUCGAGGUCUAUGCCCCUGGCUUCAAAGACUCUGUGGUUGGCAGAGACAUCCUGACACCACCAGAUUUGGAGAGAAUCUUCGGGCUUCCUGGAGGGAACAUAUUCCACUGUGCCAUGUCCCUGGACCAGCUCUACUUUGCCCGCCCUGUGCCCCUGCAUUCUGGCUACCGCUGCCCUCUCCAGGGCCUGUAUCUCUGUGGAAGUGGGGCUCAUCCUGGAGGAGGUGUGAUGGGAGCUGCUGGGCGAAAUGCAGCGCAUGCGGCCUUUAGGGAUCUCAAGAGCAAGUGACCCCGAAUCGGCUCUGACCCAGGAAGAAGACUUCACCCCUCAAUUCCAAGCGCUCCAUUGGGUCAGCUUCCCAGGAAACUCAGCUUCGGGUUAGUACUUAAGGCCACCAAGUCCUCAAUGCUCAAGCUAUUAUUUUAGAAAAAAUGUACGAGUUACAUUUAGUGCAAGUUAACCUUAUGCCCGUGCCUCCAUACAUGGACUGGUUCUGUUUUAUUAAAACUAAUAUUUCAUACAGAUUA